UUGUAAACCACUCGGACCGAAACCCAAAUCUAGAUUACCUAAGUAGUGAUAAUUAGUUUCCAUGGAAAAUCAAACUCAAAACUAAUGUGGAUAGACACUAAACCAGAAGAGAUUGCCACUAGACUACCACCACUUGGUUAAGUCAAACUUAUUUAAGACUAAACCAAAGUUAAUGUUCAUAAUUGUCCUUCAGUAUGUUAAUAAUUAAGAUAAGAAAAAUAUUUAAUUACAUGAUUUAGUCAAAUAUUCGUACGUGGCUGCAAAGUUUUCCUUUGACUAAGUUCUUUACUUUAAUUUUCAUCUAAAACUCCGAUAAGUUUCGAUAAAUUUUUUUACUUCAAAUUUCACAUCUUUUAUAUAAUGAUUUAAAAUUAUUAAAUUUAUAUUAUACUUUAUUUAGAUAUCUCAUUAUUGCCUAGUCAUCUAAUUAAACGGCCUUCAUAUAAUAAACUCCAAUCAAUAUAUUUGACCACGUGGUAAAAGAUGUAUCUAGUCUUAUUUCUGUUUAGUAACUGAAACUAAAAAUUCAAUUGUAAUUUUUUUUAGUAUUUUCCAUUUACUAUAUUUUUAUUGUUCUAUAAGAAAAUCAAAAACCAAAUAAAGAUAAAUUGAGAACUCAAUUUUUAGGAUACGGAUCUGUUAUCCUGAACUAGUUUUGUUUUUAUUUGCUGAGUGCAAUUUAACCGAUGGACUCCAUUCUAAAAGUGUGAACAAAAUGUCACAAUUUAAUUGAUACAGAUACCAAUAUAAUCAAUUAUGGUAAAACUUGACAAUUAAAGGCACAAAAUCAGAGGAUUGAAUUGAAUUAGAUUCUUUUGAUUUAAUACCAUGCAUGUAUGAUCUCUCGUAUAUAUGUACAUCAUUUCAUCUUGAUCUCAACAGAAAGUUAAAAAAAAAACUGCAGUGGCCGUUAAUUCAAUUUAGAAGAAAAUGGGAAAAUUACGAGCACCUUCCUCUUGCCUCCUCUCCUGUCUCCUUGUCCUAUUCUUGAGUUCAGUUUCAGCGGUCACAGAUGAUCCUCAAGAUAGACAGGUGUAUAUCGUCUACAUGGGUUCACUUCCCUCUCGAGCAGACUACACACCAAUGUCCGAUCACAUGAGUAUUCUUCAAGAGGUCACAGGAGAAAGUUCGAACGAAGGUCGUUUGGUGAGAAGUUACAAGAGGAGUUUUAACGGGUUCGCUGCCCGACUCACUGCGUCGGAGCUCGAACGAAUAGCCGAAAUGGAGGGAGUUGUGUCUGUAUUCCCGAACAAAAUGUUACAACUCCAUACAACUCAGUCGUGGGACUUCAUGGGUCUAAAGCAAGGCAAGGGGACGAAGAGGAACCCAACCGUGGAAAGUGAUACCAUUAUUGGAGUCAUCGACAGUGGGAUCACACCGGAAUCUGAGAGCUUUUCGGACAAAGGGUUUGGUCCUCCUCCUACGAAGUGGAAAGGUGUUUGUUCUGGCGGUGAAAACUUCACAUGCAACAAUAAGUUGAUUGGGGCAAGAGACUACACAAGCGAAGGUGCUAGGGACACUGAAGGCCAUGGUACACACACAGCGUCCACUGCGGCUGGAAACGCAGUCGCGGACACAAGCUUCUUUGGGAUCGGCAAUGGAACAGCAAGAGGAGGCGUUCCGGCUUCUAGAAUCGCCGCUUACAAAGUAUGUAUCCCGACAGGAUGUAGCUCAGAAGCUCUCUUGUCUGCAUUCGAUGACGCGAUUGCCGACGGUGUGGACCUCAUCACCAUCUCUAUCGGGGGUAAAAAGGCGUCCAUGUUCGAAAAUGACCCGAUCGCCAUAGGGGCUUUCCACGCUAUGGCCAAAGGAAUUCUCACUGUUACCGCGGCUGGUAACAGCGGUCCGCAAGAUAGUACAACCUCGUCUGUAGCGCCGUGGAUGUUAACUGUCGCAGCUAGUACCACAGACCGUUCGUUUGUCACCAAAGUUGUUCUAGGAAACAACAAGACACUUGUUGGGAAGUCAGUGAAUGCUUUUGAUAUGAAAGGAAAGAAAUAUUCAUUGGUGUACGGAAAAUCUGCUGCUUCCUCUGCUUGCAGUGCGGAAACCGCAGAGCUAUGUAAGCCAGGGUGUCUAAAACAAUCACUUGUGAAAGGAAAGAUCUUAGUGUGUAGUAGUCCGGGUGGUUUGAAAGUAGUUGAAUCAGUUGGAGCUAUUGCAAUCAUUUACAAAAGCCCUAAGCCAGAUGUGGCCUUUGUUCACCCUUUACCUGCUUCUGGUUUGCCAGAAAAAGAAUUUGAAUCUUUAGUCUCUUACAUUCAGUCCGAAGAUUCUCCACAAGCGGCUAUUCUAAAAACCGAAGCAAUCUUCAAUCGUACAUCUCCUCUAAUUGGUUCCUUCUCUUCUCGUGGUCCAAACACGAUCGCUGUGGAUAUUCUCAAGCCGGAUAUAACAGCACCGGGAGUUGAGAUCCUUGCAGCAUAUUCACCGGAUGGUGAACCAUCUGAAUAUGACACUAGACAUGUGAAAUACGCUGUUCUCUCAGGAACUUCUAUGGCUUGUCCGCAUGUUGCAGGUGUGGCUUCCUAUGUCAAAACGUUUUACCCUAAAUGGUCUCCCUCCAUGAUUCAAUCUGCUAUCAUGACAACCGCAUGGCCGGUAAAUGCUACUGGAACUGGUAUCGCAUCGACUGAGUUUGCUUAUGGAUCUGGACAUGUCGACCCAAUAGCCUCUCUAAAUCCUGGACUUGUCUACGAGUCGAAUAAAGCAGAUCACAUCGCCUUUCUAUGCGGCAUGAACUACACUUCAAAUAUCCUUAAAAUCAUCUCUGGUGAAACUGUCACUUGCCCCGAAGAAAAAGAAUAUCAAACAAGAAACCUCAACUAUCCUUCAAUGUCGGCUAAGUUGUCAGGAUCUAAUAACUCCUUCACCGUCACUUUCAACAGAACCGUUACCAAUGUUGGUACACCGAACUCUACAUACAAUUCAAAAGUGGUCCCUGGUCAUGGAUCUAAGCUCAGCGUCAACGUCACCCCUAGUGUUCUGUCUUUUAAGACGGUCAACGAGAAGCAAUCGUUCAUGGUAACUGUAACAGGAAGAGAUCUUGACUCAGAACUGCCUUCGUCUGCUAAUCUAAUCUGGUCUGAUGGGAAACAUAACGUUAGAAGUCCUAUUGUUGUUUAUACUGAUGCUAACUAAUGAGGCCUCAUCAGUUCUCCAUAGUCAUCACAAAUAAAUCUUGAUUGUUGUUGUUAUGCUUCUUUAUUAUACUUUGACAAAAAAGUAUUAAUACAUGCUUUUUUAUUUUUCUUUUCCUAAUCAACUUUGAGUUCUUUAAAAUAUAGAAAUGGUAGAUGACGUUGCGUGUAUUGCGAUUCACAUAUUCUAACCAUUUGUUAGAUUAUAUGAGUAUAUAAAGGAUAUAUGCUUCUUUGCUCGCUAUCAAUUUGGUUCGAGUUGAAAAAAAUUAUGAUUCUUCGACACAAACAUGUAUAACACUAUGGUUACCGUCGGGAGCAAUAAACUUUAUUGAGUUGGAGAAGUUAUCCAAAAUAGGGAAAAAUACAUAAGUUACCUACCUUUUAAUUUAACCAUCAUAACUUCUCCUUUUACAAAACAAAACCAUCAUAACUUCUUAAUUCUUUGUGUUGUAGCUUUUAUAUACGUUAUGAAAGGCUUAUAUUAAUUUCUUAUAUAAAUAACUUUUUAUAUUCAUUAAAUAAACGUCAAUAUAUAAAUACUGUCCGUUGCUUACGUUUUGUUUUAGUCUUAUAUAAGUCCACUCACUUCGUAUCCUCCAGAAUGAUAAAAAGAAAAAGAAAAGAAAACAAUGAACAAGAUUAGUAUGUACGUGUGUUUGUUUAUGUUUUUUACGGUCACCUCCGCCCAAACCAGUCACGAUGGGAGAAAGGUCUACAUCGUUUACAUGGGAGCAUUACCGUCAAUCAACGACUACGUCACUAUUGAAGAUCACCAUUUCUCAUUGGUUCGUAGUGUCACCGGAAAAAGUUACACACCAAGCCUAAUUGUCACCAACUACGGGAGGUCCUUCGACGGGUUCGCUGCAUGGCUCACUGAGGAGGAAAGCAAGAAGCUUUCAGACAUGCCCGAUGUGUUUUCGGUUUUCCCGGACGGGAUGCUACAUCUGGACGUGAUCAAUAACGGUGGCAUACACUCGGGACUAAGAACUCGACACUUGUAACUUGUAGCCAUUGAUUUUUUUGUACUAACCAUACAUACUUUGUAUGUAACCAUCAUCAUACUAUUACAGAAUCUCUAGAUGGAAAACGAGAAAUUCUAUUU